AUGGCCGGGAAGAUCACGAUAGAGUCGGCUGUGGUGACCGCGUCUUUGACGCGUAGGCAACCGCUGCUGAUUACGUCACCAAAGACGAAGGACGGAAGUGAUCGGAACGAUAAGAACGGCGGUGGCGAUGGAAGCCGCCGGGGAAGCAGAAUGGGGGAAACGGCGGGGGAGUGCGCCGCCGUGUGCUGCUGUUGUCCAUGCGCCAUGAUGCACCUCUUGGUCCUCGCGAUAUACAGGCUCCCCAAGGGGCUAUGCAAGAAGGCCUGGAGAGAAAAGAAGAAGAAAAGAUUACUCAAAAAGAAGAGGAAAAAUUCGUCGUUGGAGGAAAAGGAAAAUCAACGGAAAAUUAGAACUCGAUCACAUAUGAAUAUGUUUGGAUUCGAUUCUGAUUCUGAUGAUGAAUCGACGUCGGACGGUGAAGAUUAUAGGAACAGUGAAAAAAACGACGCCGCUGAUUGGGAUGAGGAGAUGUGGAAUCGAUUUGAUGAGGCUGGAUUCUGGAGAAGUGCUUCUCGAAGGGCUGAGAAUGAUAAGUCAUUUGUCAAUUGA